AUGGAAAAUAAUGUCACUGAAUUUAUCCUCAUGGGUCUUUCCCAAAAUAAGGAAGUCCAGCAACUAUGCUUCUUUUUGUUCCUACUCUUUUAUAUGAUCCUCAUGACUGGAAAUUUUUUCAUUAUAAUAACUAUUCAAAGGAGCUCAAAUCUCAACUCUCCAAUGUACUUCUUCCUUAGCUUCCUAUCCUUUGUUGACAUCUGCUAUUCCUCUGUUACAGCCCCCAAGCUGAUUAUUGACUUUCAAGCCAAGGUCAAGAGAAUCUCUUUUGAUGGUUGUAUGGUCCAGCUCUUUUUUGUCCAUCUGCUUGGCUGCACAGAGGUCUUUAUCCUCACAGUGAUGGCCUAUGACAAGUACAUGGCCAUCUGUAAGCCUCUACGCUAUUUGACCAUCAUGGACUGGAAAUUCUGCUCCAUAUUGGCAGUGUUCUGUUGGUUAGGAGGCUUUGUACAUACUUUUAUCCAGACCGUGCUCACUGUACAACUCCCUUUCUGUGGCCCCAACCUGAUCGACCACUACUUCUGUGACGUCCACCCUUUCCUGAAGCUGGCUUGCACAGACACAUAUGUGGUGGGGCUCAUUGCAGUGGCCAACAGUGGCAUGAUUUCACUGAGCUCCUUUGUCAUUCUUGUGGGCUCUUACACGGUCAUCUUGCUUUCCUUCAAGACUCACUCAUCAGAGGGGAGGCGCAAGGCUCUGUCCGCAUGCGCUUCCCACAUCACUGUGGUCAUAUUAUAUUUUGUCCCCUGCAUCUUCAUCUACCUGAGACCUUGCACCACUUUUCCUGAGGACAAGAUAGUGGCUGUAUUUUACACUGUCAUCACACCCAUGUUGAAUCCUCUGAUCUACAGCCUGAGAAACACGGAGGUGAAAAACGCAAUGAAGAGACUGUGGAUCAAGAGGCUGUUGGGCGGAACAACCUGGGAAUUGAUACAGCCUCCGUUGUACCAGUUUCCAAAAGGGUUACUGGGAAUUACCUGGCCAAGGAUUGCGUUCUCAGCACAGUCCUCUGGCGCCACCUAUUGGCGGCAUUCAAAAUCACUGCUGUCAGCUGACAGCUGCGAACGCGUGAGUGCAAAGGCCUCAGCUGCCUGCAGGAAAAUGCCGACCAGGCCUUCCACCCUGGCAGAGCCACGCUCAGCCGGGAGCAACCAGGAACCACUGAAGAAGUUACGGAACUCUCCAAGAUUUGCGUGCAAUGGGCAGCCUUCCAAGCGUGAAGGCUUGGAAGCAGUCGCCCAAACCCAGCUUCACUCAACACCCCGGGACGGCACGGCUUCCCUGAUGCAGACCUUCAGAGCCAAAGAGGAGGACCCAGUCUGGCCUGUACCUCAAAGGGAGAGGGAGACAAAAGACGUGCAGCACUCAACCUCUGAACCGAAUCAAGGGCUUUCCGUACGCGGUGGUUCCCCCUUCGUGACCCUAAAAUACCCAACUGUCCAGUCAGUGAUCGAAGUGCCGGACACAUCGUCCUAUGUUUACAGCAGGAUUUAUGACUGUGGGAAACGGCCACAGGACUCCAGGGACUUGGUCAUUCCUUCAUAA